AUGCCUUCAUUUCUCAGCCUCCCCCUGGAGAUCCGAGAGUCCAUCAUUGAACAAGUCUUAUGUGAUCGCCAAACUCCACCAAGUUAUCCGUCAAAGUCAGACAGAAUCGACUUCCACGAUAUUGACUAUAAGGCAUGGCGCAGCAGUACAAAAAUAUAUCAUGAGCAGCGCAGCACACACUGCCCAUCGAAUUGUCUUCCUCUGCUGUUGACGAAUCGCCAAUUACAUGGGGAAACCCAAUCCGUCCUCCAUCGCGGAAAGUCCAAAAACCUUCCUUAUAUUCUGGACGUCUCCGUCUUGAAUGAGUACGAUCUGUUCCCGACCUGGGUAUCCGUUCCAUCUCUCACGAACCGUGUACAUGAGCUACACACAGACAUACGGCUUUUCGGUAGUAUCAUCCCGUCCGAAAUAGCUGAUCGGCUCGUGGGGAGUGGGGGCCGGCUCGGAUUUCACUGGAGUUUCUAUGCUUUACUUGAACGGUUUCUGCGCUAUGGACCAGUGGACGAAAAAAAGGACGAAAAAAAGGACGAAAAAAAGGAGAAGCGCCAUCCAGAUAUGACCGAAAAGAAAGAAUCCGCCUCCUUUUCUAGCAAUCCAAAUUUCGAGGAUCGCGAUAUCACCAUCAAAACCCUUACUCUCGACUGCCAAUCCGCCGAGUCUGUGUUUCCAUCUCCACCAGAGCAUAUCGAGUACGAUACAUGGCAAGGUCAACAUUUCCUUCCUAUCUGGCUGUAUGGUGACAAUUACCCCCGGGAGAGACUGGAGCAGUAUCGUUCGCGACCGGAAUGGCUGGCGGAUUAUCUGUUGUGCGAGAUCGACGGUCUUCUCAAAAUGUCCUACCACACGGCAUCGUACGGGAAGAUUCUCUAUGAGCGGGUUGGAACACUCUGGAUCGUCUCGCCAGGAGGGAAAACUGAAGUGAAUCUUGCCGGUCGACUCGCUUCGCUUCGCUUUACUAGCCCACGAGAUACCUUUGGCGAGAUGUUGCCGGAAGAACGUCUUGCUACUUUCUGGGAGUGGAAGAAGGAGACCUUAGCCCGCAGGGAGAAGCUGGGUUUUCCGGUGGUGUGGCCCCAAGACCCAGAAUUAGAGGGCUUGUCGUGA